GCUUUUUUUCAAUUGAAUUGAUUGAAAGCAAGCCGAAAUUUUUCCUUUUUUUUUUUUUGUUCCCUUUGUUUCCCUUCUCGCUUGAUUGAACUAUUUGAAAAUUGAAUCAUUAGGUUAGGGAGUUCAAGUAAGUGUAAGUUCAACCUGAUAUAAACUUGAUUAAAGAAAGAUGGCAACUUUGAUUCCAACCGCCAGUAGUUGUCAUGCUUUACAACUUCCUCCAACUGAAAAAGAUGAUAGACUUAAUUUAAACGUUAGGACUGGAUCCGCUUCCACAUUAUAUAAUUCAUUAGUAUUUACCUACGGUGGAUUAACCAUUGGUUUGGAAUUGGCUGAUAACUUGAAAAUCCCCGACUUGAUCAAUACAUUCAUACUGAAAUUAACGUCACAGAAAUCAAGAAAAUUAGAAACUUAUUUAUCGGGAGAAUUAUUUUAUCUUAAUUUAAUUGAAAGAAACUGGUUUAGAGUCGAGGUUAAACCUGGGGAUCCCAAACCCAAACCAAGACUAUUCCAUGAAAUUUGUGCUGCUAAUAAUCAUGUAUAUGUUUUCGGUGGAUUAAUUAUACCUGAUGAUUCUAAUUCUAAUUUAAAUCAAUCAAAUGAUAUCAUUCCAGGUGAUUUUAGAUCUAAUCUAAACCCAACCUCUCCUGCUUCAAUUAAAGAUUAUUCUAAAUAUUUAAUUCCAACAAAUGAUUUAUGGGAAUUUGAUCUUGCUACUAGUAAAUGGACUUGUCUUCAUGAUGGUAAAGGUUAUGAAAAUAAUCAUUCUAUUCCAAAACCAAGAUAUAGUUAUAAAAUGACUACUGUUAAUAGUUUAAGCUUUGUUAAUAAAAAAGACCAUUUUGGUCUUUUGAUAGCUGGUGGUAAAGACAUUAAUUCAAACCCAAUUUAUGAAAAUGCUGUUUUUGAUUUAGUUGAAAAAAAAUAUGUCGGUUUAGGUAAUCCAGUAAUAUUAUCUACCUCAAGUGGUAACCAAAGAAAAGAUGAUUCAACCGGUUUAUCUAAUAUAUUAAACACCGAUGAUAAUUAUAAUUUAGGAGUUGAUUAUUAUAAUAGUAUUCUUAUAAAUUUUAUUGAAGAUAUUGAUCAUUCUAAAAAAAUUAAUAACACUCCUUCUCCUCCAAUUCAAAAUAAAAAUAAAAAUAAAAAUUCCCAAACUGAAGAAUCAAUCAUUAUUUAUACUCCUACAAAAAGAAAAUCAAUUAAUGAUAAAACUUAUAAUCCUUUAGUUUCUUUUAAGAUUGGUAAAUCAAUUAAGAGAGCUAAAGUUUUACCAAUCCAUAAAAAAAAAUAUUAUUUGAAAAAUACUCAAAAAAAAGUUAAUCAUACUAUUCCUUAUAAUUUAAGAUAUCCCACUGGUGGGAUUUUUGGUCAGAAUAUAGUUAUAACUGGAUUUUUACCAAAUGAUUUUGAUAUUUCAAUCUUUAUUUAUAAUAAACCAACUGGUAAAUGGUCAAGAUUAAAUGUUUUUUGUAAUCAUGAUUAUGGUUCUCAUAGAUUUUGGGGUGGAUUUGCUUGGCAAUCUCAUCAUAAGGUUGUUUUAAUUGGUAAUUAUGUCACUUCAAGAACAACUAGUAGUAUAAGAUAUUUUACUUCAAUGAUCACCGUUAGUUUACCAAUCACAAAUAUUUUAGCUAGUUGGGAAUUAGCUUCAAAAGAUGAUUCAAGUGAUUCAAUGCUAGUUGAAAGAAGUACUGAUGAUGAUGAAAUAACAAGCUCAUCUCCGGAUAUUCUAAGUAGUGAUGAAACUGAUGAUAAUGAUGACGAAUAUAAUCAAGACUCAAUCAUAAAUAAAAGAUCUCCAAGAAGAUUUUCUAGUGUUAAUCAAGGUAGAAAUAAUAGUAAUAAUUCUAUUAGUUUUAGUGAUUAUGUUCAUUAUGCUGCUCCUGAAAAUAAUUUUACUAAAGUAGAAAUGCUUUUGAUAGAUAUGGUGAUUUAA